CUUUACGACACCCCACCGCUUUACUGCUGUUCAGAAUCGAAAUACGACAUGUUUCGAUGAAAACACUGGCUUGGUUGGGUUUGGUUUCAUUUUCACACCCCUUCUUAAACAAUCCUUAUUUGACUGUAUACUUUCACAGUAAACGUGUUGGCAGUGCCACUAUGACUGUACAAGUAGGCUGUGUUACACUGUCAAGUAAAAUGACAUGCUGUGAACUGCAAUGAAACCGAACAGCCAUCGAUAUUUGCCACCAGUGAAAAGGAAUUUACGACUCGUGAUUUCACUGCGUUUUCGUCACCUCCGAUCAUAAAAGUUCCAACUAAUCCUUCAACCCAAGAUUGAUGCCAACCGCCACUAAUCAGCUGUGACCGAUGGAGGACAGCCCGGUGGUGAAACAGAAGGGGCAGCCGAUGGCCACGCUGUCGGAGCAGCUCCACGAGUUGCGCAUGCAGGCCGAGCUGUGUCUGUACUCGGGCUCGGUGGAGGUCCGUGCAGGCGUCUACGCCAUGGCCCACCUGCCCCUGCCCCCCUGCUCCAAGUACUGCCUCGUCUCCGCCGAGACCAUGGUCAUGGAGAACAGCUUCGGCAGCAACAGGAAGGAGACCCUGGCGUCCCUCCAGAGGCUGUCCACAGCACUGAAUAUCCUGGAGAAGUACGGCUGUAAUCUGACCAAUCCCAACCGGCCAAAGUACUGGAGGACGGUGAAGCACAACAACCCGGUGUUCCGGGCGACCGUCGACGCUAUCCAGGGCGGCCGAGCGGUGCUCUGUCUCUAUGGUUACUCCCACCAGCAGAUGGACGGCCUCAGUUUCCCCGAGGACGUGGUGGAGCCCGACGUGGGGCAGGUUGCCAGGGUAACCCUGGAGGUGAUGAGCCUGAGGAUGGAGCUGGACCUGCUCAUCAAGGAGGUUCAUCCACACCCCGAGUUCUAUGAGAGGAUUAUUCCUACACUGAGACACAAGGACGUCGGCCUCAACACGGACGCGGUGGUCAUCUCCUCGCCCUCGUCCUCGUCCUCGUCCUCGUCCUCUUCCUCCCUGGGGCCCCGGGACGGGGCGGCCAAGUCCCUGGGGUUUCCCCUCUACCAGCAGGACCCCCAGGCCCGGCACAGCCCCCGCGCCUUCCAGCCCCUCACGCCCGGACGCAACGCCACCGCCAACGCCUCCACCUCCACCCACCAGGGGCCCGCCUCCCUGUCCUCCACCCGGCCCCCAGAGAACUGCACCAUCUGUGGGAUAUUCUCGGUGGCGUUCCACUGCCCUGCGUGCGCCCAGUGGCUGUGCACCGAGUGCGACCGGCUGUACCACUCCUACCCAGAGAGAGCCAACCACCAGCGCAGCCCGGUCACCUCGUCCUCAUCGGCUAAAAGCAGAAAGAGCAACAGCUCCUCCACCUGGCACUGCCACCACUGCACCAAAGUCAACUCCAUCCGCGAUGUGUUGUGUGAGACAUGUGAGCGCCCCCGGCUGGCCUCGUCGAGUACUGCAGCCGAGGAGGCUCAGCCCAGCACCACCACAGAGUGGCAGUGUAAGAGCUGCACCGUGGUGAACGCGGCCAGCAGCAUCCUGUGUGAGGUCUGCGAGCGGCCUCGCCUCGCCACCAGGCCUCCCGUCACCCCAACGCACCCCGCAGUCACCCCGCCGAGACCCCCCGCCCCCGUCCUGGGCAUGCCAGGGGACCCCGACAACCAGUGGGUGUGCCAGUUCUGCACCUACCUCAACUACUCGCCCUCCACCGUGUGCGAGAUGUGCGACCUGGCCCGCCCCGAGCCGGCGCCCAUGCCCGUGAAGCUCCGCCCCCCGUCGCCCGUGCGGCGCGUCCCGGCGCUGCCCGUCAAACCCAAGAACCCGCCCCCGGAGGAGCCGGAGGCGCGGCGGCAGCGUCUGCUCCAGGAGGAGGGGCUCCGGCUGAUCCAGCUCAUCAGGGACGGGGAGAAGCGGGACCUGAGCCCUGAGGAGGUGUACACCGGCAUGCGGGUGGCCGGCGACACCAGCGUCCUGCCCUGUGAGUGGCUGAGGGACGAGCUCCCCCUGCUGCUGGACCACAUCUGUGAGCUGGUGGCCAACUUCGCCCCCCCGGGAAGCUCCGCCUCCAGCAACGACGGCGGCGGCGGCGGGGGCGGCGGGGGCGGCGGGGGCCCCGGGGGCCCCGACUCCGGCCCCGCCAACGGGGGGGUGACCCUGCAGCUGUCCCGGGCGGAGGCCAAGCAGGCCUGGCUGACAGCAGGGGGCGACACCGAGCGGGCUGCCCGGCAGGCCCUCCGAGACCGCGGCCUCAAGGUGAAGGAGCUGAGCUCGCUGGGCUUCGAGGACGAGCAGCUGUGCCACGAGGUGCUCCGGCAGAGCCGUGGGGAGCUGCACGGCGCCCUGGCCCUCCUGCAGCGCCCCCUGCUGGAGCCCUUCCACCAGCGCAUGUGGAGCGACAAGCCCGAGCAGCCCCUAGACGUGCGGCACCCCGACAAGCAGCGCACCUGCAGGCGUCUGCUGGCGGUGUACGACCUGCCCAGCUGGGGGCGCUGUGAACUGGCGCUGUCCCUGCUGCUGGAGAGCAACGCCACCUACUGCCUGGAGGACGUGGUGCAGGCGGUGCGCGAGUCCCACGACAGGGAGUUCAUCAAGAGGGUCCUGGCCAAAGAGUGUCCCAUCUGUCUGUCCAUCUUCCCUCACAGCAAGAUGCAGUCCCUGACGUCGUGCCAGUGCUCCGUGUGCUGCGGCUGCUUCCGCCAGCACUUCACCAUCGUGGUGAGGGACAAGCACAUCCGCGACAUGGUGUGCCCCGUGUGCUGGGAGCCCGACAUCAACGACCCCGAGCACCUCAACAGCUACUUCUCCACCCUGGACAUCCAGCUGCGUGAGUGUCUGGAGCCCGAGGUGUACGAGCUGUUCCACAAGAAGCUGACCGAGCAGGCGCUCAUUAAGGACCCCAAGUUCCUCUGGUGCAGCCACUGUUCCUACGGCUUCAUCUACGACGGCCACCAGCUCAAGGUCACCUGCUUUCAGUGCCGCAAGAGCUUCUGUGCCCAGUGCAAGAAACCUUGGGAGUCCCAGCAUGCCGGCCUGUCCUGUGAGCAGUACCAGUCCUGGAAGAGGGAGAACGACCCGGAGUACCAGAGACAGGGCCUGGCGGGAUACCUCCGGGACAACGGGAUCACUUGCCCAAACUGUCGCUUCCAGUACGCUCUGUCCAAGGGCGGCUGCAUGCACUUCUGCUGCUCCCAGUGCCGCUACCAGUUCUGCAGCGGCUGCAACAACCCCUUCCACACUACCUGCGCCGUGGACCAGUGCAGUGUGUCAGGGCUGCACGCACACCACCCCAGAGACUGCCUCUUCUACCUCAGAGACUGGGAGCCUAACAGACUGCAAGCCCUGCUGCAGAACGGAGUGGCCUUCAACACAGACCCUCCUCCCGGGACUCAGACAGGUCUGUGCGGGGUGAUCGAGCAGAAGGACGAGGCGGCGCAGCAGUCGGACGCGGCCUGCGGGGCCCAGACCCAGCCGGGCCACGCCGGGCUCUGCGAGAAGCACUACCGGGAGUACCUGGUGAGCCUGAUCAACGGCUACUCCAUCGACCCGGCGCCGCUCUUCAACGCCAACGAGCUGGGGCUGGCCUGCCGGCGCUACCAGGUGGAGGACGCGCGCGGCGAGGGCGAGGACGACUUCGGCUACUACAACCGCCUGCUGGAGAAACUGAUGCACGAGGUCCCGCUGGGAGACAAGGUUCCACGGAACAAGUGAGGACCGCGCCGCCGUACACCCCCACCUCGUCUCCCGCUCCGUGUUCCCUAUCGGUCGCCCCCCACCCCCCCCACCUCCCCCACCAUCAGACCUGACAGCGGCGGGCAGUUUAACGCACGGCGGACCAGACAGUGAUGUAUCGGAGACGGCGCUGUGUUUUCCCUGGACGGCGUUCCCGACCUCGCCACGUUUCCUCCAAGGUCGGCACAAUUAACAGGACCGGACACUUCCUCUGGGAACGCCGAGCUGGUGGACGCUUCCUCUGGGAGUGCCGAGGAGGUGCCGGUUCCUCUGGGAACGCCGAGGAGGUGCCGGUUCCUCUGGGAACGCCGAGGAGGUGCCGGUUCCUCUGGGAACGCCGAGGAGGUGCCGGUUCCUCUGGGAACGCCGAGGAGGUGACGGUUCCUCUGGGAACGCCGAGGGGGUGACGGUUCCUCUGGGAACGCCGAGGAGGUGACGGUUCCUCUGGGAACGCCGAGGGGGUGACGGUUCCUCUGGGAACGCCGAGGGGGUGACGGUUCCUCUGGGAACGCCGAGGGGGUGACGCUUCCUCUGGGAACGCCGAGGAGGUGACGGUUCCUCUGGGAACGCCGAGGAGGGGACGGUUCCUCUGGGAGUGCCGAGGAGGUGACGGUUCCUCUAGGAACGCCGAGGAGGUGACGGUUCCUCUGGGAACGCCGAGGGGGUGGAUGGUUCCUCUGGGAGUGCCGAGGAGGUGGAUGGUUCCUCUGGGAGUGCCGAGGAGGUGGAUGGUUCCUCUGGGAACGCCGAGGAGGUGGAUGGUUCCUCUGGGAAUGCCGAGCUG